UUUCCUCUCUCCUUUUCGAGCAGCCCCCCUCCCGCCCUCCUUUUCCCCCUCCCGACUUUUUAUCUACAAAUAAUUCUAGAGAGAGAGUCAGAGAGAGAGAGAGGCGAAAACAAUGGAGAACAAUGAGUCUAUCCCCAAUUACUAUUAAUGCCAUGGUCCCUCUUUUGUCUGCCACAUCUCUCUCUCUCUCUCUCUCUCUCAUUGGUAGGGAGUAUUUCAUUCACCAUCACAACCUCAAACUUCCCCACUCAAUUCAAUGACCUCUCUCCUCUUUUUUUCCCCCCUGAAUCUUUUCUAUUAGGAACCCAUAUCUAGCUAGCAGUAGCUCUUUCUUUUUCUCCUUCCCCCAGGCAAUUUUUCAUAAAACAGAUGAAUUUUCGCAUAAACCAAUAAAUAGGGUUACAUAUAUAGAAAAUAUUUAGUUUUAGUUAUUUAUUUUUUUAUUUUUGGCCUACUUUUGUUUAUUUAUUUCAAGGGGAGUUAUAUACACAAUAUAUAUCAAUGGCUGGACAGCUUCCCGGAGUGGAAUGUGCACGGCGGCGGCGGUUCCACCAGAGCGGAGUGGGGACGGAGUUGCCGAGCGCGGCGGCGCUCGGGAUGACGAGGCGGUCGAUUUUUUGUUUGUACACAACCAAUUACCAGGAUUCCCAUCUCAGCUCAAGCUCUUCCUCUUCACUGCAUAGGAACAACAACCAUGCAUAUCAAGUGGAGAAGUUGGGAGGUGUGGCUGGUGAAGCUAAAGAUAGGUUAGAUGAGAGGCUGAGGGCACAAUGGAAACCUGAAACCAAAAGGAAUACUAGAAGCCAACAGAGCAUGAGGAGUACUAUAGAAAGAAGAACAGUGGAAUCCUGGGAUCUGCAAAUAGAGUUGUUUGGAGCAAAAAAAAUUACUGGAUCAAAGAGGUUCAACUGGGCAAAACUGGGGUGGAAAGCCACAGACCAAGUGGAGUGUGCUAUCUGUUUGGAAACAUUCAAGAACGGCGAGCCACUGGUUAACCUACCAUGUGCCCACAGGUUCCAUUCCAGGUGCUUGGUUCCUUGGCUAGAGACCAAUGCGCACUGCCCUUGUUGCAGAAUGGCGAUUUUGAGUUAAGUCACAGAGAAUCAUUACGUAGUAAUUCUGUGUUUAUGCAUAAGUAUUGUGGUGUUGUUCCUUUUCUUUGGUUUGUAAAUUAAGCAAUGUAACACCAAUAAGAUUUUCUUACAAAUUGAUGUUACGAUUGAGGUUUUCUUUCCA